UCUUUUUUUUUUUUUUUUUUUUUUUUAAACAAAUCACAGAAAUGAACAAUGACCAUAGUUGACAAACCUUCAGAGAAGUCUGACCUUGAGUCAGUGCGGUGCAAGCACUCUGGCUCCCUGACUCCUUUCUCCUCUGGAGACAUGGACGGCAGCAGUUCCAGCUGGAGUGUGAGCCCUUCCGCCACUGAGCUCGCGAGGGCAAAGACGGCCUGCAUGGCUCCCAGCAUCGGAGCGGCAGUGUAUGGCAGCACCACUGCGCUUCCGACAGAGAGGCCCAAGGAGCCAGUGUUGAUGACCUGUGCCGAUGGCAUCGCUCUACCCCAGAAGGUCCUGUUUCCAGCAGAACGCCUCUGCUUGAAGUGGAACCAAGUCCAUCGUAUUGGAGCAGGUCUCCAGAACCUGGGCAACACAUGUUUUUUAAACUCUGCCCUUCAAUGUCUCUCCUACACGGCUCCUCUUGCCAACUACAUGCUGUCCAGAGAGCAUUCCAAACAUUGUCAUGAGCCUGGAUUUUGCAUGAUGUGCACCAUGCAGAAUCACAUAACCCAGGUAUUUGCCAAUUCGGGAAAUGUCAUUAAACCCAUCGGUGUGUUGAAUGAACUCAAACGUGAGUAUGAAUUGCAAAAGCAUUUUCGUUUUGGGAGUCAAGAAGACGCCCAUGAGUUCUUGCGAUACACAGUGGACGCUAUGCAAAAGUCCUGCCUGCCUGGAAAUAAACUGGACAGGCAAACACAGGCAACCACUCUGAUCCAUCAGAUAUUUGGAGGCUACCUGAGGUCAAGAGUGAAGUGUUUGAAUUGCAAAGCAGUGUCCGAUACAUUUGAUCCAUAUCUGGAUAUUGCACUGGACAUUAAGACUGCUCCAACCAUUACUAAAGCUCUUGAGCAAUUUGUUAAACCUGAGCAGCUUGACGGGGACAAUGCCUACAAGUGUACCAAAUGUAAGAAAAUGGUCCAAGCCUCAAAGAGGUUUACAGUUCACCGCAGCUCCAAUGUGCUCACCAUUUCCCUAAAGCGCUUCGCUAACUUCAAUGGAGGCAAAAUUGCAAAGGACGUGAGAUAUCCAGAGUAUCUGGACAUGCGCCCAUUCAUGUCUCAGUCCCACGGAGAGCCACAGGUCUACGGGCUGUAUUCUGUGCUGGUCCACUCUGGGUUUAGCUGUCACGCCGGACACUACUACUGCUACGUGAAGGCUAGUACUGGGCAGUGGUAUCAGAUGAACGAUGCAUCAGUGUCCAUUAGCGACAUAAGAUCAGUGCUGAACCAACAAGCAUACUUGCUAUUCUACAUCAGGUCAACAGAUCUUAAAAGCGAAGAUUGUAACCACAUGAUGUAUGCUCCUGGUCAGUCCUCCCCUCGCCCGGUCAGCACGGCCAAGAUGAAUGGGCCUCCGUACACCUCCGCGUCCUUCAUCGGUCCACAGCUUCCUCCUCACAUGAAUAACUCGUAUGCCAAUGGGAAUGGAUCCUUGAAGGUGGAGCACAAUGGCCCAAAGCCUGGUGGCAGCAGCUUAAGCACUGUGACCAAAACAGGCUCCACCCCGUCUCUCUCUUCCACUUCUUCCUCCCCAUCUCAUCAACUCGUCCGUCCCACAGCCAUCGCGGACGCACCAAAGAGGCCCAAGCUAACCUUUCUCAUCGGCCAGGGAAAGGCGGUGCGGCCCAGCCAGAGCCAGCCGAGCCCCAGCUGUUCUUCGGUUGCCGCCUCGUCCCAUUUGCAACUGCUGCCCUCGUCCUCUUCCUCUAGCAUCCCGAAGUCUACCUCAGAUCUCCAAAAGCUUGCGCAGGUCAACGGCAACACUGCCGGUCAAAGUGGGGCGGCUUUCCUGGUCCCCUACAGCCAGGAGUCAUCUGACGAGUCUGACCAGGAGGGCGGAGGAGCCUUGAACAAUGGCACAGUGAAGCCCUACCCUGGUGCCAAGACAGCCAAUGGGAAAGGUGGGAUGGAUGGUCCCCUCUCCCACAGCUCAAGUUCGCUCACCCCCAAGACCAAAGGCUCCAGUAGCUUCCCUGGGACACUCCCACGUGAAAACGGAUCAGGACCUGUUCACAGUACCCAGAACGGCCAUCAUAAAGUCAAUGGUUUCAAGCCUUCUGAUAAGACCACAGAAAGCGGAGGAUCUUUAUCUUCCCUCAUCAGCCCCACCAGCGGUUUGGAUGCCCAGCUCAGAAGGAACAUGUCCAGCUCCAAGCCAGUGACUUCUGAUGACCUGUACCCUCAUUCGCCUUCCUCUGAACGGGCAAAAGCGCUGCCUGAGCCCCUCGAGCAGCAUGCCACGCACUCGCCGUGCCAGUUCCCACCCAGCGCCCCGCUGGCCACCAAGACGCUGGCUAAGCCAACCAUUGUCACGCUUUGCACCCAAACCACCUCACUAGACAAGCCCAACAACUGCCUUGGCACCUCUGUGGCGAAAGGCACCGCAACGGCCCCCGAGGCCGACCACGGGCCCGACGGGCACAGGGCUCCAGAGAGGCCCGUGGCAGCUACAGACGCAUUCGGGCCGGAUGGUGGUGGCGGUACCUGCAGGGAAGAGGCAACAGCGCCUGAGCCGGGUGCACCUGGCUCCAGGGAGGGCAAACGACUGGAUGAGGAGCACAAGGGUGCUAAAGACUCGGAGCAGCCACACACUUCCACCUGCACGCAGGACCGAGACAGGGUGAGGCAGCGGCAGAGAGAGAGAGAGCAUGAGGACCUGAGUCGGGAGCGCUACGGGUAUGGCCAUCGGCCUGAGAGGGACUACCAUCCCGCUAAGGAGCGCUCCCCCAGUCGAGAGAGGCACCCUCGAGAGCGAGAGCGAGAGGGAGAUCGGUACCGGGACGGGCAUGCCCACCACCGCCGAGACCACUACUACCACCACCGGCGCCACCACCACCAUCACAGCAACAGGGAGGAGCGCGACUGGGACAGAGAGCGGUGGCAUGGGGUCAACUGCCAUGACGCUCGCCACUCCUCUGGCCACUACAGCCGAGAGAGGGGUUCAGGCCACCAGUGGCGCACUCGGGACAGGUGGCCCCGUGGAGCAGAGGAGAGCGUGACGAGAGCACCUCAUCCACGCUCCGCCAGCCCAUCCCUGCGACAGCCGGCCCGAAAACGCAGCCUGUCGGAUAAUGAGGAAGAUCCGUGUGAGGAGCGCAAGAAAAAGAACGCUAAAAAGGCCAAGAAAAAGAACCGAGAGAAGCACAGGAGUUCAGAGAGGGACCCUUCUGAUAGGAAUGGAGAUGGCAACGGCUCCUGGCGACACAAAAAGAAGAAAAAGAAGAAGAAGAGAAAGCACGAGGUGGAUGAGCGGCCUCGUACAGAGAGUCGCUCCUCCCGUAGCUCGGACGAGCGGGACUGUAAAAGCCACGGCGGUGAUGGGAGAGUUGGCCGUAAACGGUGCGCCAGCUCUGACCCAGGCGAGUCGCCAGCUGGCACCAGUCCAGCUACUACUGAGGAUUAUUGCCAUCUUAAUGGUCACUCAGAUAAUGGUGUAAACCAUUACAGCGGAAGUGUUCGUGGGUACUGCCAUAAUGACAGGGGUGACCAGGUGAAAUACAGACGCCUGAGCUACACUUCCACGAACAGCAGUAGGAAGUCCAUCUCAUGUGCAGGACCACACGCAGUCACAGGCACUAUGUGCAACAGACUCUCCUCCACAGAUGAGAUUGCAAAUGUUCAGUGAAAGAGAUCCUGUCUCAGGACUAAGACCAUGAACACAAAAUUGAGAAAGAGAUGAACUCUACAGCUUCAGAAUAAGCUCCUCAACUUUAAAAGGGUGCUUUAAUAAUUGAUAAAAUACUGUAUUUUUACCACAAAACUUUUAAGGUUGUUUUUUUUUCCCCUUUUUUACCAUACUGUACAGCUGGACUUUAAAGUAAAACUCAAUGAAAAAUGCAGACUGUAUAAAUUAAUAUAUACAUUUUAAAAAAAAGAUGAAGCCUGGAGCUUUAACAUCAGAAUUGCUGCUCAGACACAGACUCAGGACUUUCUCACUUGUGAAGAUGAGACGAAUUCUCCCUUUAAGGAUGCCUCCUUGGGAAUGAGAAGAAAACUCAACCAACAUGCUGCAUAAGAGGGGAAAGACUGCACUCGUCUCCUGGCUAUGAUGUCACCAUUCUCACAUAUCUGUCUAGAGCUCUCUCUCGACGGAGCAACCUGUGCGGUUGCUCUGUGUGCACUUACACCACAGUUAACCUGGACACACUUGAUUUUCGUGUUGCUUCAACUCCUACCCAACCCCUUGGUCAUUUCUUUUGUUUCUUUAAAGCUUGAGACUAUCCAGGAUCCAUGCUGUGGCAUUAUUUUCUCUUUUCUGGUUUUCUUCAAAGCAGAAUAUAUAAGAAAACGAUUACCUUGCAUCAUAUUGUGUGGCUGUGGAGUGUGUGUGUGUGUGUGUGUGUGUGUGUGUGUGUGUGUGUGUGUGUGUGUGCGCCCGUGCGCAUGUGCGUUUUGUUUUUAAAUAAUUAUUGUCAAAAAUACUGUGAAUUUAAGUUCAACUGUACUAUCAGUUAUUUGUUUUCAGUCCUGUAUCAGGAAUUCAGUAUGGAUACUUCUUUCAGUAAAACCACUCAGCAUGAUGUAGGCCAUGUUACAUCACCUUCUUCUCCCCUUCAAUAAAAGUGAAAAAUGGUUAUGUUCAAUUUA